ACGCCUGUGAGGCAUCUCCCUGUGAAGAAGAUGGCUAUGGAAAAUGACUCUUCAGUGACAGAGUUUGUUCUUAUGGGAUUGACAGACCAACCUGAGCUUCAAAUGCCCCUCUUUGUCCUGUUUCUAGUAAACCAUAUAAUCACUGUAGUGGGAAAUUUGAGCUUAAUGAACCUAAUUUGCAUUAACUCACACCUUCACACCCCCAUGUACUUCUUUCUCUUUAAUCUGUCAUUCAUUGAUUUCUGCUAUUCCCUUGUGUUUACUCCUAAAAUGCUGGUUGGCUUUGUGUCGGAGAGGAACAUCAUCUCCUAUGCUGGAUGCAUAACUCAGCUAUUUUUCUUCUGCUUUUUUGUCAACUCUGAGUCCUACGUGCUGACAGCCAUGGCUUAUGAUCGUUACAUGGCCAUCUGUCAGCCUCUGCAGUACACGGUCAUCAUGUCCCCUAGGACCUGUUCUCUGCUGAUAUUUGGCACAUACUUCAUGGGGUUUGCUUCAGCCAUGCUCCACACAGGGUGUAUGAUCAGGCUCAACUUUUGUGAUUUCAACGUCAUCAAUCACUACAUGUGUGACAUCUUCCCUCUCCUCCGGCUCUCCUGCAGCAGCACCUUUGCCAAUGAGCUUGUAAGCUCUGUCGUGAUAGGUACAGCUAUUAUGCUUUGCAGCCUCAUUAUCUUAAUUUCAUAUGGCUUUAUUCUUGUUAAUGUCAUUCAUAUGUCAUCAGGUAAGGGCUGGUCCAAAGCCAUGAGUACUUGUGGUUCUCACAUAAUCACUGUUGGCUUAUUUUAUGGCUUUGGGAUACUUGCUUACGUCAAACCAAAAUCGAAUGAAUCUGUGGGCCAGGGCAAGUUUUUCUCAGUAUUUUAUACUCUUGUGGUACCCAUGAUAAAUCCCCUCAUUUAUAGCCUUAGGAACAAGGAUGUCAAACUUGCUCUGAAGAGAACCUUAAAGAGAAUCACAGAGUAA